AUGGUCCAAAAUGUUAAUUACGAAAUCCCAUAUCAGAAGAAGCAGGUCCAGAAGACUCAACAACAGCUUGGUGAAUUAGAGCACAAGGAAGCUGAAAUAAAAAGGAAUGCAGCUCUUUCAGCUACAAAUUAUGAUCAGGCUAGUCAGGAGCUAGGACUGCAGGUUUUGCUUUUCUGCCAAUGUUUGUUGUUGUCGGCUUCUCUUGAUGCACCUUUAGAAGCAAAGUCUCAUGCAUUAAAGAAAACUCCUGUGUUUACGUUGACAAAUUUGAGGAAUAUUCGUGAAAAGCCCCCUUCGCUUAAUGUUUAUGUGACACAGUCUCUUAAUGUUAUUGCUCAAGGAUGCCAUGAUGAAUUGGCUGGGGAAACAAUCUCUCAGAUUGAUUGGGAUAUUGGCACUGUGGAAGAAACAGAAGACACUGGGAAUGGUUUGGGUCCUUAUGAAAUUCUUAAUGGUAGUGACAUUUUGGAAGAUUCUCCUAAGGAUGGUGUCGAAUUUCACCAGGUAAUGUCGAAUCCGGAGAACUCUGACGCUCCAUAUGCAUCCAUGUCAGAGAGCCCUUGGGAUAUAUUUGUUGAAAACCCACAGGUUGAUGGAACUGAAGAAGCUGAUUUGUCACGUACUGUUUCGAUACCUGGUUCAAAUUUGCUUAGUGAUUCAUCCGAAGCUCUCGACACUAACCAUAGUAGGAGUCAAGCUGUUGGAAAUAGAAUACCGGAAUAA